AUGGACGGCGCAGAUGUUCCCCUCAUUUCAGUAGACUCGGUCCUCGACGGAAAACUCUACAUCGGAAAUCUUGCAGCAGGCUUCAGCAAAGACCUCCAUGCCCAGCUCAAUAUCACCCACGUCCUCUCCGUCUGUCCAGAGAACCCCUCCUCAGAUGCAGACGCCGUAACCCAUCUGUGCAUACCCAUUCAGGACACCGAGUUUGACGACCUCCUUAUACACCUCCCUCGUACCUGCCAGUUCAUCCAAUCCGCCCUCGACAACCAUGGUGUAGUCCUCGUUCACUGCUUGAUGGGCGUCUCUCGGAGUGCUACAGUUAUCUGCGCUUAUUUGAUGCAAUCGCAACGUAUAGACGCCCGCGCUGCCUUGCAGGUUCUUCGAAAACGCCGGUCCAUGGUCCAUCCCAACUACGGCUUCAGGAAGCAGCUCCAUACGUUCGCCGAGUGCCGGUUUAAGCCCUCCGACAGCCAUCCGGACUACAUUGCCUGGAUGCGCCGCCAGAAACGCGACGUCACCAAGUACCUCAACACCAUCUCCGACACCGUACCUGUCGUCCUGGACCAGCUCUACCUCACAAGGUGCCUCUCCCCGCUGUCCCUCUCUAAUGCCUAA